AUGGAAAGAAGAAGCAACAUUAAUAGUAGCGGCUUAUAUGUGUGCUACAACAAGAAGAAGAAAGCAUGGGAGGCAGAUGAAGGUGAAGAUGAAGAGGAUGACGGCGAAGAGAGGAGAAGGAUGACGAUGAUGAUGAUGAUGACGGCGACAUGGCCACCAAGGUCAUAUAGAUGCAGUUUUUGUAAGAGGGAGUUUAGAUCUGCCCAAGCUCUGGGAGGACAUAUGAAUGUCCAUAGAAGGGAUAGAGCUCAAUUAAGGCAACUAUCCCUUAUUAAUAACCCUACUACUUAUACCACUUGUAUUAAUCUAAAUCUUCCUCCUCCUUUUACCACUUGUACCCCUAACAUCCCUAUCCAACCUCCUUUUCAUUUAGACUCUUGCUCGUCUUCAUCAUCAUUAUCGCCUCCUUCCAUGAUAACCACCAUUAUUCCUCCACCACCAAAUCAGUCCAUUCAUAACGAUGUUAUUACUAAAAACCAGUUUCAGUAUUAUAAGAAGCAAAACAAUUUGGUGGGACCACCUCCUCCCAGUACUCCUAAUAGUAACAUCAAGGGGAUUGGAAGAGAAUUCAUAGGGUCGGAUUUAGAGAUGAAUAAUAUCCAUCAAGCCGCCGCCGCUGCUGCUGUCUUCAACAAGGAUUUUGAUUUAGAACUUCGUCUUGGUUGCAAUUAA